UGGGCUGUCUGGGCUAGGCUAUAAAAGAGAGCCAAGGCAGCGCAGCUGGCUCAGAGACGAGACUGAAUUCUGCAGACGGCGAAGGACCCGCACACAGCCCCUGCUGCCUCCUGCGUUGUUGUUUUUCCUGGAAUACAGAACGAACCUCGGGAGCAAGAUGUGCAAGGGACUUGCUGCACUGCCAGCCACUUGCUUAAAAAGUGCCAAAGACAUGAAGCAUCGUCUGGGCUUCUUGCUGCAGAAGUCAGACUCUUGUGACUACAGCUCUUCCCAGGGCAAGAAGGAGAAAAUAUCUUCAAGCCAGAGGGUUAGCCAAGAGGAAGUCAGAAAGUGGGCAGACUCUUUGGAAAACUUGAUCCAUCAUGACAGAGGACUGGCUGCUUUCCGUGCUUUUCUCAAAUCUGAGUACAGUGAGGAAAACAUCGAGUUCUGGGUCAGCUGUGAGGACUACAAGAAAACCAAGUCGCCAGCCAAGCUCAGCCCCAAGGCCAGAAAGAUCUAUGACGAGUUCAUCUCGGUGCAGGCAACAAAAGAGGUGAACCUGGAUUCGUGCACACGGGAGAAAACGUGCCACAAUAUGCUGGAGCCUACACUGUCCUGCUUUGAUGAGGCUCAGAGAAAAAUAUUCACCCUCAUGGAAAAGGAUUCUUACCGCCGUUUCCUCAAGUCCCCCUACUACCUGGACUUGAUCAGCCCACCUGGUGCUGGCUGUGGGCCCGAAAACUGCAAAAGAAGCCACACUCACACCUUAGACUGCAACUCUAACAUCAUCUCUCAGUGUGCCUGAACCUGCAGCAAGGCAGGGGUGGGUUGGGCUCUUGCAAGAAUAUAUGGCAGCAAUAGCAUUCAUUGGCAUGAAGCAACAGAGCUGUCUCCAAUAGCUAAUGUCCCAGUUGUAUCCCAUGUCAUGCAACAGCCAGCAUUUGUAACCCAAGCCAGGCUCAGUUUGUGUAGCAAACCCUCCUCUGACUCCAUCAGUGAAGGAGCCCUGGAGUCUGUGUCUGACAUGAAAGCUGGGUGCAAUCAUUGCGUGCCCGCUGCGUUUCUGGCGAGCCCUGCAAGCCCAGGAGGGUGGUGGGGGAGCACGUGCUCAGACCCAGCGCUACCCACCAAGGGACCAGACUUGCAAUGUUGCAGUGUGACACCUAGCAAGGAGCAGGGAAAAGAGGAAGCCAGGGGAAGCGUUGGGGACUGUGAUCUCCCCUUUCUAAUCGGCAAAAGCUCAGAUGAAAAGGGCUUGCUGUGGUCCUUAGCUGUCUAUAUAGCUCCCAAAUGUCUAGGCUUUCAGUAUUAUUUGCUCAGAACUCAGGCUGUGCUGCAUUAUAGUCAUCAGACAUAGGAAGAGCUCCUACUCUUUCUUGAAGGGAGACCAAAACUUUCAGAAAAACAGCCUCCCUCGAUCACCACAGCUACAAUCGCAUGGAAGCUCUCCCCUCUGGCCGCUUCUCCCUCUGUAGCAUCUGGUUUAUGCUGGCCAAGGAUCUUUCCUAGGGCUGUACAGAGCUAUUAUUUUGGGGGAGGUUCGUUAUUUCAUAUAUUAUUAACUGUGUCCUUCAUGCGCCCAGGUUAAAUACUGUAGCUGAGCCGAACAGAAACAUGUUCCUUCUCUCCCAGACUGGCAGGUGUAUAUUACUAACUCUGGGAGUGCCAUCUGAAUUCAGGUUUGCCUGCCCUGGCUUGUACGGAGCAGUUUGUGAUGGAAUAGGACCACAACACAACAGCUGGGGAGGAAAGACCCUGCCUGGGAGUACUUGAAAAUGUCUUUUUUAAAAAAAAAAAUGUUAUUUAUGUGAGUUUAUAAUUCAGUAGUAGCAUGACUCAGUUUUUUCCUGAAGAUGGUAGGAGGAAUGUGUCAGUCUCAUUACUGCUCCUGGGCUUUGCCAGAAGGCAGCUUACUUUUUAAUCACUGUGGUUAGACAUCGCCUUCGUUGGGGGCUUUGGGACUGACACUGACCUGCAGUUGGAGGUACAAGGAAUAGAUGCAGGGCUUGCUGUCUUGGGCUGCAGUACCGGGUAUCGCCAGCCAGCAGCUGGGACCGCCUGCUCUGAGCAGUCCAGUGGCUGUCGACGCUCUCCCCCAACCCUUGGUCUCUCCUUAGUUGGAUAUUGCUGCUCUGACAACCAUGUAUUCCUCGCUCUGCAUUCCAGUCCAGAUAACAGUUCUCACACUGGGGUUUUGACAUGGCAGGAGGCGGCCGUGGUUCUCCAGUAGGCAUGUCCAGGCCCACAGAGAAACACCUCUUUUGACAUUUGCUUUAUUUUGUAUUUAUUAGAUUGUACUGACACAUACCACCCCUGCAUGUUCAGCUAAGAGAUGGAGAGGCUUGCUAAAGCUCUGAACAUAGCCAAGCAUGUGGCUAUGUUUUCUUUUCCCCUGGUACUGGGAACUCUUGAUAACUAUUGCAAAAACUGUAUUGAUAUUUAAAUAAUGAUGAAUACAUUCUAAAUAAAAAUGUUU